AUGUAAUCUGCCAAUACUUAAACAUAUGCUUUAAAAAAUAUUUUUCGUGAUAUAAAGAUGAGAUCCAGAGGAACAUCUAUGGAGAAAUUUCAAGAAAACAAUAAUGCUUAAUUGUUGUUUACAAACUAGAGAUUACGCACACAAUUUGCAAUCAGUAAAUAAGCCAGCGAGGAAAAUAUUGCUAUAAUGAAUAGAAAAUAAAAUAAAAAGCCAACAUUAAAAAUAACUACUCGCAUUUACAAUAAUUAUUUACUUAAUGGUGGUAGACCAAACAAAAAGUAAUCCCUUCCCAUACUUCAGAUAUCACCAAAACCCUUGCCAUUAUUUUUAAUACCAAACAGUAAAUCCUCCUCACAAAAGGCUUGUACCACAAGAACAUGUUCUUAAGCUGAUAUUAAGAAAUUUUAAUUCAAAACACUAUUUAAUGAUAUAUGA